AUGAUCCUGAUUGUGUAUUUGAUAUGUAUUUUAGUGUGUGGAUUGGCGAGUGUGGCAACUGGUACGCAAAGGGUGCCUCGGCUGCAGGGCUUUUCGACCGGGUUGGACGACGGGCGAGUGGUGGGCGGCGUGGAGGCCGUGCCGCACUCGCUGCCCUGGAUGGCGAUUUUGGUUUCGCAGAAACGCAACUACGCACCCUUCUGCGGCGGCUCCAUCAUCUCCGACAAGUACAUCCUCAGCGCGGCCCACUGCCACGACCAAAACAUGACAGUUGAAGACUUGAAAGUAAUCUUGGGCGAGCACGACCGUUGCCUGCAGGACAAAGUGACAGGCAUCUUCUCCGUGGACAAAGUGCUGAAACACCCGUCGUUCCGCCACACCGACUUUUUCGCCGACAUCAUGCUGCUGCGGCUGAGCAUGAGAAUCUCGUUCAACCGCGUCAUCCGACCCAUUUGCCUUCCACCACCAGGCUCAUCUUACGAAAACAACUGGGCCGUGGUGUCCGGCUGGGGCACGCAAAACUCGAGCGGCCCGCUGCAGUGCUCACUGAAGCAGACGACGAUUCCAAUUCUGUCUCAGCAGGAGUGCGCACUCAAGUCCAAAUACCCACCCAGCGCCAUGCACGCCACACUCUUCUGCGCAGGGCUCUUGGUCCAGGGCGGCAGGGACUCAUGCCAGGGCGACAGCGGUGGGCCAUUACAACUGGUGCAUCCCAGAUCUCGCAGAUAUACUCUCGUUGGUAUUGUGUCGAACGGUAUCGGCUGUGGACUGCCGAAUUAUCCAGGGCUUUACACAGCCGUGUCCAAAUUCAUCGGCUGGAUCGCGGCUUCGACGCAGGAUUCAGCCUACUGCUACAGAUAAAAACACCAAGGAUACUUGGA